AUGUCUUUCCCCAACGGUCAGGGACUUCCAGUCCAAGUCUAUGAAGAUAACACUUGCACUUCUGCUGGGGGCAACCCAGCUAAUAACAACAACCGCUUUAUCCUUCAACCUGUACAGCCUAACAACAUGCCCGGUAAUAAUAGUGCCCUUCUCGUGAGAGAGGCUGCUGGCUUUACCAACCCUCUUCCGCAGGCUAUACUCACGGGGCAAGAAAACAUCAAUACCAUUCAGCCUGCUCCCGCGCUCUUUGAUCACAAUGCGUGGUUGGCUCAAAACACUACGCCGGGUGCUCCAACAACUGUUGCUGGUCUCACUCCUUAG